AUACUAUAAACAAUUUUUUAGAUUUGAGAGAGCUAUACAAAUAUAGAGAACUAAAUAAAAAGGAAAAACCUAAAAAGACGCGUUUUUUUGAGUUAAGUGGUGCAUAAUUUGGUAGUUAUUAAAUCAAGUAGACUAGGGAUUUUUUUAAAUAUUGAAUUAAUACAGAGUAGUAAAUGAAAAUGCAAUAUCUUAAACUUACAAUUAUAUAUUAACACAUGGAUAGUAUAUACUUGCAAAAAGUUAAAAAAUAAAAGUUAUAAUUAUUACACAAUUAAAUAAAGUAUGGAUUGGCUAAUUAAUAGUAUUGGUCGAGGCAAAACAACCAAUUCACGUGGUAAGACUGUAAAUGAAGAUGCUCAUAAGGAAAAAGCUCAAAUAAUGAGCCGAACAUUAUCUUGUGGCCUUGUUGCAAAUGUUACAAAAGAUGAAUUGCAAGCUACUGUACCAGUUCCUACUGGUGUUGAUAAUAAUGAGUGGUUAGCUACUAAUACUUUAUCAUUUUUUAAACACAUUAUGUUGGUUUAUGAUUCAGUUAGUGAAUAUUGUACGCCACAACAUUGCACCGCUGUUUCCAAUGGAGCACAUAUGAACUUUACAUGGGUUGAUGAAAAAGGAAAAAAAAUUCGCUUGUCAGCUCCACAAUAUAUUGAACUUGUAGUCGUUAAUAUUGAAAAAUUAGUCACUGAUGAGAAUAUAUUUCCUACAAAGUAUGAUAUGCAUUUUCCAGCAAAUUUUGUAACGAUUAUUAAAAAAAUAUUUCGUAUGCUCUUUCAUGUUUUAGUCCAUGUCUAUCAAUCGCAUUGUGAUCAUUUGGAAGAAUCUAAUCAAUUAAACUUUUUAAACACGAUAUUUAUACACUUCAUGUACUUCCAAACCGAACAUGGUUUGCUUGAUUCAAAAGAAAUUCAACCACUUGAAGAUCUCAUCAAAUCUUUGUGUUUAUAAUCUUUUCAAUAUUAAAGUUUGGUUUUCGAUUACUGUCGUAAUUUUUCGAUUACCGUUGUAAUUUUUCAAUUACCGUCGUAAUUUUUCAAUUACCGUCGUAAUUUUUCAAUUACCGUGUUCAACAUAAAUCAUGCUGUAUAAGAUUUUAUUUAUUUCAUAUUUAAAAUUUUUCAUAAAUUGUUUGUCUGUGCUCAUAUGAUUUAAAAAAAAAAAGAUUUUCUAUGUCAAUGAUCGUGUGUGUGCAGUAAGAGUUUUUGUUUACAAUGUGUUUCGAUAGGUUGAUGUGUUUCUAUGGUUAAAUGUAGUUUUUUUUUUUGUUUUUUUGAAUUUUGUGGUAAAAUUUUCCUCUUUUUUUUGUACUUAUAGUUGUUUUAUUUUUGAGGUUUUUUAUGUUUUUAAUUUUUUUAAUGUUCAUAGGAGGUUCAGCUUAAGAGUGUCCUUUAUAUUGUAAGCACCAUUUUAAGGGUGUCCUCUAUAUUGUAAGCACCAUUUUUGUGAAUUUAAGCUAGGUUUUAUAAAAUCUAGGUUAUAUAAAAAGUUAUAUUUAUAUUCUCUAUAAUAAAGCUUCUUAUUUUUGUUUCUAAUUAUUACUGCAUUUAUAGAGUAUACAAGUUUAACUGUAUGUAGUUUUUAAUAUUAAACAGUGGUGGAAAUAGAUUUCAUAUUUUAUUUA